GAUUACAUCGAUGUUGCCAUCUGAUCGAUUUUAUGGCAUGCCAGAAAGAGGUGCUCCCUUUGCAAGAAGUAUGGAGCACAUCAAAAUGCCACUGUUUGCCCAUGAUAAUUUCCCAUCACCAAUUGGACAAAACAUCAACCUUUACAGUUCACAGCCAUUCUACAUGGUGGUUGAAAACAAUGGAGAUGCCCAUGGUGUUAUGAUCUACAAUAGUAAUGCAAUGGAGGUUUAUUUGGCACCAGAACCAUCAGUUACUAUGCGGGCCAUGGGUGGCAUAUUUGACAUGUAUUUUUUCUUAGGGCCUACUCCAUUGUCAGUCACUAAACAACUUACUGAUGUCAUAGGCAAACCAUUUUUACCCCCAUAUUGGAGUAUUGGAUUUCAUCUGUGUCGAUAUGGCUACAAAAGCACUGAAGACACAAGAGCAACCUUCAGCCGAAACUGGGAAAAGGGGUUACCAAUGGAUGUCCAGUGGCAAGAUAUCGAUUACAUGGAUCAAAAGCUAAUCUUCACAAUAGACAGUGAAAAGUUCGAUGGGUUGAAGGAGUUUGUGGAGAGUGUGCAAGAAAAAGGCGUGAAAUAUGUUAUAAUUGUGGACCCUGCUGUAGGUUACAAGAAGGGCUUUGAUGUUUAUGAGAGAGGCCAUUUUGAAGAUGUCUAUAUCAAAAACAUAACUGGUGAAGACAUCAUAGGAAAGGUUUGGCCAGGAGAAACAGUGUUCCCUGAUUUUACGAACAUAAAGACUCAUGCUUGGUGGAAAAUGGAAAUGAUAGGGUUUCAUGAUGAUUUGCCUUAUGAUGGCAUUUGGCUGGACAUGAAUGAGCCAGCGAACUUUGACUCUGAUGGGACUCAUGGCUCCAUAUAUGGCUGUGAAAAUAACACAAUUAACAAUCCUCCAUACAAACCGAAUACAGCAGGGGAUAAAAUGUAUUACAAGACAUUGUGUCUUGAUGCAAAACAAGCCUGGGGAAUUCAGCGUGAUCUUCAUAACAUCUAUGGACUGACUGAAACCAAGGCAACAUAUGAUGCAUUAAAGGCCAAGAAUGACAGUCAAAAGCCAUUUAUAAUAAGCAGAUCCACUUUUCUAGGAUCUGGUAAAUAUGGAGGACAUUGGCUUGGUGACAAUGAAAGUAACUGGAAGCACCUUAGACAGUCUAUCAUUGGGAUAUUGGACUUCAACUUAAUAGGCAUACCCAUGACUGGGGCAGAUAUAGGUGGAUUCUUUGGGAAUGCAUCAGAUGAACUGGCAAUAAGGUGGCAUCAGUUGGGAGCAUGGUAUCCUUUUUGUAGGAACCACAACUUCGAAGGGAGCAAAGACCAGGAUCGCAUAUAUAAAUCACAAACAUUUGCUAUGAUAAAGAGAGCAAUAGAAAUACGUUAUGAAUUGACACCCUACUGGUACACCCAAUUUUACAUGUCUCAUAAAAGUGGUGAGCCAAUAAUGCGUGCUACCUUCCAAAAUUACCCACAGGACACAAAGCUAUUUUCAAAAGAUUUUGACAACAUCUAUACCCAAUUCAUGAUUGGGGAAAGCAUAUUAGUAUGCCCAGUGACAACAGAGAGUAAAACGGAGACCAGGGUUUAUCUUCCCACGUCAUCUUCAUGGUACAAGCAUAUAAAUGGUACAUACAGUAAGCAGCCAGCUGGGGACCAGCUAGUGAAUGUCCCAUAUAGUGAGCUUCCUUAUUUUAUCAAGGGAGGAGAAAUACUUUUCAUGCAGAUGGAGGGACAGACAACAACUUUAAGGCGAGCAAAUCCUUAUAAAAUAGUAGUUUGCCCAGAUCAGAAUGAUCAAGCAAUAGGAAUUCUAUACAUUGACAAAGAUUUGGAUAAUCCAGGGGACUAUGCUGUGGCGAAAAUACAUUAUACUAGUAAUGUCAUAUCUUUCUCUGCAGUAAUAUACAACAAUUUUACUCUGGAGAAUGAGUCUGGCAAAUAUGGUGAUAUACUGAUAAUAGGAGUAAGGGAACAAAUAACAUCUGUGACCAUAGGGGGAGAAGAUUUAAAAGAUUUUGAGUACAUUAGCGAGUCCAACGAACUUAUGAUUAAAUCUGGAAGUAUUUCAAAAGCUCUCACAGACUCCUUUGUCAUUGAGAUGAAGCGGAAUCAUUUUUGA